AUUGCAAAAAUGCGUUAAAAGUCUAUAGUUUAGCUAUAAAUAGCGCGUAAUAAUACUCAUCACCUGGUCGGGCAGGCGUGUGCAGUGAAAUCCGGGCGAAACACUAACGAAAAUGCAACGAAAAACGUAGACGAAAAAAAAUGAAAUCUAGUCAAGAAAACGAUGUAAAUGGAUGGGGAAGAGACGAGGCUACAACAACAACAACCACUGGACGACCGAAACGAAAAACGCAAAUAAAGUGACACGCAGAACGCAGGAAGAAAAUACAACAAAAAAUAUAUAAAAUAUAGUAUAAAAGAGAGAGAGGAGAGAUCAAACCAAACAAAAAUAGAGAGCAACAAAAGCGAGCAUUCAAAUCAAGUGUGACCCUCUCUCUCUCUCGCACUCUCACGCUCCCCUUACUGUCUCUCCUUGACUGUGUGAGUGAGUGGGUCGCUGCAGCCCACACACACACUCAGCCACCCACACGCAGUACCGUAGCAUAACUGCUGUUGUUGUUUUUGAUUUUGUUGUUUUUGUUGGUGGGGUUGAAAAGCUAUUGCCUGCAUAACGGUUAACGCGUGACGUGAGAUCCCACACAAAAACAGUAAGGGUGACCACCACCCCACCUUUCUCUCAAACCCUUUCGGAGAACGGCCGCCCCGCCUCCCCUCUCUCAAAAUGAUGGACAACGACGAUGCGCUGCUCAACAACGGUGGCCCGCAGUCGGGAGCGGAGACCGUCUACGGCACGGAGGACAACAAUAUGGUCAUGUCAGAGAAGAAUGAUCAGGUUGUCAGCAUCGUCCAGCAGCUGGCGGGGAGCAUUUAUCAGGAGUUCGAGCGGAUGAUCAAUCGCUACGACGAGGACGUGGUGAAGAACCUGAUGCCGCUGCUGGUGAACGUGCUGGAGUGCCUGGACGCCUCGUAUCGCAUCAAUCAGGAGCAGGAUGUCGAGUUGGAGCUGCUGCGCGAGGACAAUGAGCAGCUGGUGACGCAGUACGAGCGGGAGAAGAGCGCCCGCAAACAGUCCGAACAGAAGCUACUGGAGGCUGAGGACCUGGCCGAGCAGGAGAACAAGGAGCUGGCCACACGCCUCGAGUCCGUGGAGAGCAUUGUGCGGAUGCUGGAGCUGAAGCACAAGAACAGUCUGGAGCAUGCCAGUCGCCUGGAGGAGCGGGAGACGGACCUCAAAAAGGAAUACAACAAGCUGCACGAGCGGUACACGGAGCUGUUCAAGAAUCACGUGGACUACAUGGAACGCACCAAGAUGCUGAUGGGCUCCACGCACUCACAAAUGAGCACCGCCUCCGACCGCAUGGAAGUGAGUCGUGCGCGCCUCAAUCCCGUGGCCCGCAGCUCGGGCCCCGUCUCCUACGGCUUCGCCUCGCUGGAGAACUCCGUCAUGCUGGACACCGAGACCAUCUGCAGCGUGGGCAGCCAGUCGGACGACUCGGGGCCGCCGUCGCUGCAGAAUGAGCUGGACAUGAGCCUGCCCAGUACGGCGGAGCGGGGCGCAGCCACCGAUUCGCUGCAGCAGCAGCAUCAGGCCACCUCGCCCCAGAGUCCCCCCGACACCAGUCCCGUUGUGCCAAACGUGCCUCCCGCAAAUGUUGGUCGCUCGACCACCAAAAAGGAGCAGCGCUCGGACAAUAAUCUCUACCAAGAGCUGUCCUUCCAGGACAAUGAGGAGAGCGAAGAGAAUGAGAUUGUUACAGGCUGCUGGGUACAUCCCGGAGAGUACGCGUCCUCAGCAAACGACAACUAUUUUGGCAUGGGCAAGGAAGUGGAGAAUCUCAUCAUGGAGAACAAUGAGCUGCUGGCCACCAAGAAUGCCCUGAACAUUGUCAAGGAUGAUCUGAUUGUCAAAGUGGAUGAGCUGACGGGAGAAGUGGAAAUUGUGCGCGAGGAGCUGAGUGCCAUGCAGCAGUCGAGGACGAAGCUCAGGCAGCGCAUCAGCGAACUGGAGGAGGAGCUCAAGAAGACCAAGGAGCAGGUGAAGCAACAAAACACCGAACAGGAGGAGAACGAUGUGCCGCUCGCACAGCGCAAGCGUUUCACUCGCGUCGAGAUGGCCAUGGUCCUCAUGGAACGUAACCAGUACAAGGAGCGUCUGAUGGAGCUGCAGGAGGCAGUGCGUCUCACGGAGAUACUGCGCGCCUCGCGCACCGUCGACAACUUGGACAAGAAAUCGAAGCAGAGCAUCUGGAAGUACUUUAGUAAUCUUUUCACCCCCUCCAAUCGCCCGACGGAACGCAUCGCCGACGGGCUGGGAGGGGGGCCGAUGUUUCGUAAUACCGGGGGAGGAAGUCCUGCCCACAGCCACGGAUCCCCAAGCCGUGGAAGUGGGGACAAUCGCCUUACCUUAGCCGGCUCCCAGCCGCCCAUGCAUCCCGCGAGCGCGGGGCUCGCCAAUGCCCUGGUGAUGCCCAAGGACUACUCCGAGGACGGGGGCUCGGAGCGUAUCAGUGCGAGGAGGCGCGAGCAGUACCGGCAGCUGCGCGCCCAUGUCCAGAAGGAGGACGGACGCCUGCACGCGUAUGGCUGGAGUUUGCCCAUAAACAAGGCCAACCAAGAGGCCAAUCCCAGCCGGCACUCGGGCGGCGUUCCGGUGCCCGUCUACUGCAAUCCCCUGGCCGAGGCCUCGCCCCACAUGAAGGUGUUCUGCGCGGCCGGCGUCAAUCUCCACGGAGGCUUCACCAAAGACGGCCAAUCGCUGAUACCCGCCGACUCGCCAUACGCCCCCAAGUCCACGCUUAAAAUCACAGAGAUCACGAGUCCGACGGCGGAGCAGAGCGUCGAGGCGCUGGACAGACAGAUAGCCCGCGCCAGCCUGGAGACCCUGGAGCCGGAGACGCAGCUGAGCUCCUUCGUGUGGAUCUGCACGAGCACCCACGCGGCCAGCACGGUCAGUGUGGUGGAUGCCAACCAGUCGGCCACCGUUCUGGAUGCCUUUCCCAUCUGCUCCUCCCACUUGCUGUGCAUCGCCUCCGUGCAGGGAGCCAUGGAGAGCGACUACGCGCUGCUGGAGCAGUCGGAGGUGGUCAAGGCGGGCGAGAUGCUGCAGCGGCCCGGCGAGGGCACAGAGCUGCUCGGCAAAGUGGAGUUUGUGCGCGUGAAGCCCAAGUCCGAGGACGAGCAGAACAGCAACAGCAAACCCCAGCAGCAGCAGGACGAGGAGGAAGCCAAGGAGGCUACGGAGAAAUCCAAUGAGCCACUGCCGCCCGUGAAUGCCGAGGAGCCACUCGUCAAUGUGGAGGCCAUCAAGAUACGCCAGGCCCUGCCCGGCGCCCCUCAGCGUCUCUCCAGCGGCAACAGCGGCAGCGACGGUAAUCAGGCGAACAACAACAACAGUAGCAGCAGCGGGAGCGUUCUGUUCGCCACCAAGUCGCUGAACCCCAUUCUGGGGACGAAGGAGCGCGAGGAUCCGCCGAUGACUUCGGUGGGACCGACCAUGUGGAUGGGGGCCCAAGACGGCUGGCUGUACGUCCACAGCGGGGUGGGGCGGUGGCACGAGUGCCUGCACCGCGUUCUCCUGCCGGAUGCCGUCCUGGCGAUUGUGCAUGUGGAGGCGAGGGUUGUUGUGGCGCUGGCCAAUGCCCAGUUGGCCGUGUUCCGCCGCCAAACAGACGGCCAAUGGGAUCUGAAUAGUUAUCACCUGGUGACGCUCGGUGAUCGCAAUCAUUCGAUACGUUGCCUCUGUGUGGCCGGCGAGCGCAUUUGGGCGGCGCAUCGCAACAAGAUCUUCAUUGUGGACCCCAUAUCGCUCAACAUUGUGCACUCGCUGGACGCGCAUCCGCGCAAGGAGAGCCAGGUGAGGCAGAUGGCGGCCACAGGUGCCGGUGUCUGGGUAUCCAUACGACUGGACUCGACGCUCCGUCUGUACAACACGCAUACGUUCGAGCACAAGCAGGACGUGGACAUUGAGCCGUAUGUGUCCAAAAUGCUCGGCACUGGCAAGCUGGGCUUCAGCUUUGUCCGCAUCACCGCUCUGAUGGUGUCCUGCAACCGCCUGUGGAUCGGCACCAGCAACGGGGUGAUCAUCUCGGUGCCACUGGCCGAGGUGCAGCAGAAGACAUCCGAUCCCCAUGGCCAGAUGCCGCUGUGCUGCAUGGCCAAUGCUCAACUCUCCUUCCACGGCCACCGCGAUGCGGUCAAGUUCUUUGUUUCCGUGCCGAUGCUGCAGCAGCCGAACCUGAACGGCGGACUGACCUUCGUGAACAAGCGGCCCGAUAUGCUGGUCAUGUGCGGUGGCGAAGGCUACAUCGAUUUUCGCAUAAAUGAUAAUGACAUGGAGAACAGUAUUCAACUGGAACCAAAUCAAACGAUCGAGAAUCGAGGCGACAAGAGCUACUUGAUUGUGUGGCAUGUUAGUCAACGUUGAGGCCGAUCCGAUGCGAUCCGAUCGAUACGAUUCUUCGGCUUGAACGAGAAGUGCAAAUGAUAUAAUUAAUAAUAUUUAUAGCAGUUACGAGUACUAUCUAAAUACGCAUAAUGUAUAAUCUACUUUAUUGUGCAGCAGGCUAGCGAAUGGAAUACCUAAACCCUAAAUCCUAAACCUUAGUAUUUAUCUAACAAUACAAUACCCUUCUACAUACCCCCUUAAAUCCACACGAUGACAAAAUACCAACUAAUAAUAAUUAAUGGGUUCUCUAGCAGUCGUACCACGUACUCUUAAUUUAGUUAAACAAAUCCGAUUUUGAGCUUUCGAGGGGCUCUCACAAUUGUUUCAAAUUGCUUCAAAUUCAAACCAAAAAAAAAAAAACAAAAACAAAAAAGUAAGAAGGAAGAAGGAAACAACGUGUAAAUUGUAUGUAUGCCCUCUGCUCUGCAGGGAGACAACAAACAACACACAAAAAACACCACAUUUACGAGAUAUUAUUGCUCGUAGGAUAUGAUAUAAUAGUAUGAUGAUGAUAUAUAUAGAAAAAGUGCGCCUGCCUUUUCAGGGGAUAUUUCUGCGUGAUUUUUUGUCCAAAUAUGUUGUAGAGUAUUGAUUUCUUUUUUAUCUUUAUGGGUUUUUUUUUUGUGUGUCGCGAUGAGGCGAUGCCGCGUUUAGAUAUAGUGUAUUUUGUUAAAUAAUUUUAAAUUUUAGUUGAAACGUUUCAAGCCUUAAUUUUUAUUGUUAUUCAUUUGUUUGUAAGAGAAAGAGCCUAUUUUUAACAAUAAAUCGACAACCAGACCAAAAUUCUUGCUUUACCCCAAUACCCCAAAACAUCAGUGUUUCAUAGGUUUUCUGAUUCACAAUGAUUUCCAAUGGCGCCAGGAAAGUGAUAUUUAUGUUUUUACGGAAAGUUCAUGUAAUAUUCCAGGAUGCGCAUACGCACAGGCAUUGGCUUUGGCUUGACUCGACUCGAGGAGUAUCUUUUAAAUAUUAAUAAUAACAAUAUAUAUAUUAUAUACCAACCAAAUUAACGCACCCUACAAAUAUGUACCACUACUGUAAAUAGAAACCGAUGCGAUUCAGAAAAUAGUAAAUAAAUUUAAAUUGUAUUUUUUGCCGCCAUUCAAUCAAUUGUUCGACUCAUGAAGCUAGGGAACUCCCGCCAUUAACAAGAGCUAUACAAAAUAAUGAGCAAAGAUUUUAAACAAAAAUACAGACAGGAGUGGGAGUACAAAGACCCAAUACAAAGACAUGGCUCUGCAGAAGUACAAAUGCAGUCAAUGCUCAUUGCAAGGCUUGCAAUGUUGAUAUUUUGAGUCGAAUAGCAUCACACACAAACAUAAGGAGAAAAUUAAGUUCUUGUGUGGCCAAUCUAAGGUAUAUUCAAACUUUUGUU